ACAGCUUGAGCAUACGUUCAAUCUCAAGUUAAGAUCACGGAAACAUAGUACGUUACCGAACUAUAGGAGCAUACAAUCAGUUUUCACUUCUGCAGACGAAUGACACAACUCUCUUUGUGCUGAGCCUAAUAUGCCAAAAGUCUUAUAGUUUAUUUGCUAACGUCUAAACCCGAGUUUACUAGCAUUUUAAAGAAAAGAGACUGACAUUUUGGACGUCAAAGAAUGGAGUUCAUCACUAUAAUUGGGAAAGCGUGGGGAACGAUUCUUCAGGCUCUAAUAGCAAGAAUUUAUUUUAUUAUUCGAAUCAUACUCCCAUCACCCAGAAAAUGUAUCGAAGGAGACGUGGUAUUGAUCACGGGGUCUGGACAUGGACUAGGUCGUCAGUUGGCAAUCUUGUCCGCUAACCUGGGGGCUACUGUUGUGUUAUGGGAUAUACAGAAGAGCACGUGUGAAAGUGUUGCUAAGGAGAUAGAAGCUAAUGGCGGCAAAGCCUAUGCCUAUGAGUGUGACGUUUCAGACUUGCAGAAGGUGGAACAACAAGCUAAAAAGGUCCAAGAAGAGGUUGGUGACGUCACAAUUCUAAUCAAUAACGCGGGUGUUAUUCAUGUUGAUCCACUGUUGAACCUUAACUCUCAGAAUAUCAAACGGACUUUUGAAGUCAACGUUUUUUCUCAUUUCUGGACCAUACAGCAAUUUCUACCCAGGAUGCUUGAACGCAAGAAAGGCCACAUCGUUGCAAUAUCUUCAGCAGCAGGGGUCAUCGGCAGUCCCUAUUUGACUGAUUACGCAGCCUCUAAGCAUGGUGUUAUAGGACUGAUGUCUUCCUUAAGAGAAGAACUCUUCGUGUCAGACAAGGAACAGUGUAUUCGCCUUACAACCAUCUGUCCAGUUCUUUUUGACAGUGGGUUUGUAAAACGACCCCACAGCAGGUUUCCCACGAUUUUACCCGUUCUAACUGUAAAUAAAGUAGCUCAAGGAGCUCUGGAUGGAAUAUUACGAGAGAAAAAUAUAGUUGUAUUGCCAUCUUGGGUUGGAUAUUUCUUUAGUUGGUCUAGGAUUUUUCCAGACAGUAUAUUUUUGUCCAUUCAGAGAUUUUUGGAACAUUAUCCUUUGCCGACAAUCAAAACAAAUUAAUGAAAAAUGCUAUAUAUAAUAGCUCAAUGUUACUAACUGAAUUGGAAUUGAUAUGUAUCAUACAUUGUUUACACCAUUAUCCAAUGGGUCCAUAUGUCCCGUACGAAUAAAUCAAGGCGUUUUGAUAUAAGCAGUUUUUAUAACUAAAUACUACUUAUAGUGACACUUCAAACUGAUUUACCAAAAGUUAGCGCUUCAAAGGAUUUAUAAAUAAUAAGUACUAUUAAAUGUUUAAUGCUAAUAUAAAGCAUAAUAGUCUAAAAGAUACAACAAUAAACACUAGGAGAACUAAAUCAGGAAGGAUAUACAGUGCUGCUCUGUAGUGAUAUACAGUGCUGCUCUCUAGUGAGCUAUUGUGCUGCUCUCU